AACGAAACAAAAUACGCAUCAAUGCGGCAUGAAACAAAAAAAAAAAAAACAAAAAAGAAACUGAAGAAGUCCCCAAAAAAGAAAGACGUUUGUUAGAUUGACAUCAUUAACAUGAAAGAAGCCUCCCACGAUUUGAGCUUUCAAACUCUCUAUUCUAGCCCUUUCCCCCUCUCCCCGUCUUCCAAAUACCCAGAAAAGGAAAAAAGAUCCAAGAUCAGAGAGAAAAAGGGUAUUGGGGGGCUCGAGCUCGACCAUUCAACGACAAAAUGGGGAAGAAGGACAAGAUGGCAGAGUACUCCAACGCCGAAGACAACAUCAAUGACAACAAGGGUAGCUAUAACUACCGGAUGUUCAGCUUCUUCAAUCGGAAGUUCAAAAUCACGGAGCUCGAGCCGUCGGCCGACGUCCAAAACCUCUUCGCCCAAUAUUCGGAGGGCCAUCACGAGAUGACCGUCGAUCAGUUUCGUAGCUUCCUUGCGGGUCACCAAAGCGAGCCCAAUUGCACGCUCGAGGAAGCCGAGAGGCUCGUGGCCGAAGUCCUUCACCGGAGGCACCAUUUGACGAGGUACGCGAGGAAUGGCCUCAAUCUCGACGACUUCUUCCAUCUCUUGCUCUCCGACGACCUCAAUGGACCUAUCAACAAACAGGUGCACCAUGACAUAUGUGAGCCAUUGUCACAUUAUUUCAUAUAUACAGGCCAUAAUUCCUACCUAACUGGGAAUCAACUCAGUAGUGAUUGCAGCGAGGUCCCCAUUGUAAGAGCUUUACAAAGAGGGGUUAGGGUGAUUGAGCUAGAUUUAUGGCCUAAUUCGUCUAAGGAUGAGGUCCUUGUUCUUCACGGAAGGACCUUGACCACGCCUGUGUCGCUCUUCAAAUGCUUGAAGUCAAUACGAGACUACGCAUUCGUUCGCUCUCCUUAUCCGGUCAUCAUCACGUUGGAAGAUCACCUUACGCCAGAGCUUCAGGAGAAAGUUGCAGAGAUGCUGGUUCAAAUUUUUGGGGACAUGUUGUAUUACCCGGAGUCAGAUAGCUUGAUUCAGUUUCCUUCACCAGAGCUACUGAAAUAUCGAGUCAUGAUCUCGACCAAACCACCAAAAGAGUAUCUUGAAUCGAGUGGCAUCAAACAAAAGGGAACUCCACGAGAUAAUGGGUCUGAGGAUGAUGAUGAUGACGAAGAUGGGAUUGGAACUUCCGAAACAGAAGCCAAUUGUGAGAGGCCGAGCAGCAGUGAGCAAGAAGAUGAAGAUCCGAGUGACUGCAGAAAAUCAGGGCAACUAAAUUCUCCAGGGUACAAGAGGCUUAUUACCAUUCAUGCUGGGAAACCAAAGGGUGCCUUAAAAGAUGCAUUGCAGCCUGCAGCUGAAAAAGUUAGACGACUUAGUUUGAGCGAGCAGGAGCUUGAGAAGGCUGCCACUACUAAUGGAACCUAUGUAGUUAGAUUUACGCAAAAGAAUAUAUUGAGAGUUUAUCCAAAGGGAACACGAAUCACAUCCUCAAAUUACAAACCGAUGGUGGGAUGGAUGCAUGGGGCACAAAUGAUAGCAUUCAACAUGCAGGGAUAUGGGAAAUCACUUUGGUUGAUGCAUGGGAUGUUUAAGGCUAAUGGAGGAUGUGGGUACGUGAAAAAGCCUGAUUUGUUAAUGAAGAAAGGCAUCAAUAGUGAGGUUUUCGAUCCUAAGAAAAAAUUGUUAGUGCAGAAACGAUUAAAGGUGAAGGUGUAUUUGGGUGAUGGAUGGCGCUUGGACUUUAGCCACACACACUUUGAUGCUUAUUCACCACCAGACUUCUACACUAAGAUUUACAUUGUUGGUGCAGCAGCUGAUUCGACACGAAAGAAAACGAGGAUCAUCGAGGACAAUUGGUCGCCCGUAUGGAACGAAGAGUUCACGUUCCCAUUGACGCUUUCAGAGCUAGCUCUGCUCCGAAUCGAGGUUCGGGAAUAUGACAUGUCCGAGAAAGAUGAUUUUGGUGGGCAGACAUGUUUGCCCGUCUCCGAGCUAAGACAAGGGAUCCGAUCAGUCCAUCUUCACGAUGAGAAAGGCGAGAAGCUGAAGAAUGUGAAGCUUUUGAUGGGGUUUGAGCUUUUAUAGAACUAAUGUACGCAUGUCUGUAAUCGUGGAGCAUUAUACCAAGUAGCUAGUUAGACAGCUAAAGCACUUGAUCAGAGUUUGUAGUCGUAGAAGACAAGUAAUACUUACAGUUGAUGUAACACCCCAUCCAUAAUCUCUAUGGUUGAACCCGUGGUUCAACCGCGCAGCCAAAUCCUAGGUGUUACUAGUUGAACACAAUCAUCUCAAACAUCAUAUCCGAUUAUUAAACACCAACAUAAACUGUUAUCAUACAAACUCAUUAUUCGAACCCUAAUCCACUUAUUGAAUUUUACAAAAUGUGAGUUUAUUAUUCAAAACACUCAAAGCAGAAAUCCUAGGUGACCAUGACAGAACAGUGUUCCAAACUACCUCAUGAUGGUAGUAGAGGAGGAUAGGGCAGCCUCAGUAGCCCGAUCCUAAUUGCAUCUGCGAGACUGAAAACAUACGUGGGACAACAACUAAGUUGUGUGUGUGGAUAUUUCCCACGACCUAAUUUUGUGACCGCAAUCAGCUAAUCAAACAAUCAUAAUCAAUCGUAAUUUAGUAC